UUCUGUCACUUUUACAAAUUUUUUGACAAAUAUGUAUUUUUUAUAAUCCCUUUUACAUGUUUUGAUAUUUUUUUUUAUUUUUACACAUUUUAUAUGUAUUUUUACAUUUUUUCAAACAAAAUAUUGUUGAACCGAUGAAACUAAGUGGAUACAAUACCAUUCUACCAACACCAGUCACCAGAUACGUAAGGAGCCAUGUGUCGCACAGUGCAUGCGGUGCUGUCAACUGUAAUAUGCGGCAUACAAAUGUUAGUCAGGGUCUUCAUGACCCUGAUUCUUAUGAUAGAAAACGUCAUAAGAAUGCUUCUACAAACAUUGUAUAAUUUUAUAUCAUUCGUGUUACAAAUGAUAUCAUUGAUACCAAUCUGUCUAGUGUUCCUGCUGACGUCUAGACUUAAAUGUCUAUUUUGUGGCGGCGGCGGGGGCUGUCCCGGCAACAGAGGCGGCGCUGCCGACUGCCUUAUGUCAUUUUUGGCUAUUCUUAUCAUAUUCUUUAUAUUCAGAGCUACUGGGGUUCUUGAUAAGUUAUUCUACACUCUAGGCUAUACGAAAUAUGGAGCUUCACUUACAUCUUUAACAAUGAGGACAGUAGCAGCCGAUGCUAGAUUUGUACCAACACCAGGAGAAUCCGCUUUCUGCUCUAGAAACGACUCUGGUGGGCCGCCAAAAGAGCUACGAGAAUUCAUUGAUAAGUUUGGAGCUAGCCCAAGAAUGAACCUCGUAUCUGCACCGGAGACAACGACUUGGACAGACACUGACACGGGUACAACAUAUACCGUAGCGGAGACUCGAAACAAUAAUUAUACUACAGUGAUGUAUUACUUGGUGUGACAAUACAAUUGGUACAACUUA